GCACCUUGCUCCGCACUGACGCAAACCCAAUAUUUCCCACUGGGGUAUAGAAAGCUUUGCACUAAGCACAGCCAAAUCCACUCCUACAUCUUCCAGUUCUCUUUACAGCUGUUUUUCAGCCUUUCAGCUUCAGCACGUCUUAAGCCUCUUCACAAAUGGAUUUCUCCGAGCAGAGAGAGAUGGCCAAACAACCGGCCAGUGCUCCUACCGGUUGUAACCCGUUGCACCAGCCGGAGGGAGUUUCAGCAAACAAACCGGAUAAUGCCUUUAACCAAACGCCCGCAGCAUACCCGGCCCCUCAGCCAGCACAAUCCAACGAGAGCAAAACUUUCUGUCCCACGGAAAAUAAACCAGGAGAACCGGGAGAAGUAAAAGUCUAUGGGACGUUUAAAAACGCCGCUCUGCCGGUGCCUGGAUCCGUGGCUGCUCUCUCAGCUGCCCGGGAUAUCCCUGUCCAGUACGGGGACCCGCUUAGGGUCACCAGGGAUGAAAACAAUGCAUCGGGCAACUGGACCACCAUGAGCCAGACCACCAUCAUUCUGGGCGCAGAUGGCAACACGUCUGUUCAGCCUGGCGCGGUGAUGGGGGAGGAAGACGAGGACGAGAGUGGAGAUGAGAAUAAGGCCAGGGGAAACUGGACUAAUAAAUUGGAUUUCAUCCUGUCCAUGGUUGGCUAUGCGGUGGGACUGGGAAACGUGUGGAGGUUUCCAUACCUUGCCUUCCAAAAUGGUGGAGGUGCUUUUUUGAUCCCCUACCUUAUAAUGUUGUGCCUCGCCGGGAUCCCUAUCUUUUUAUUGGAGGUUUCCCUGGGUCAGUUUGCCAGCCAGGGCCCCGUGUCCGUGUGGAAAGCCAUCCCGGCUCUGCAAGGUUGCGGGAUUGCCAUGUUGAUAAUAUCUGUCUUGAUAGCCAUAUACUAUAACAUUAUUAUGUGCUGGACACUGUACUACCUGUUCGCUUCGUUGAAGGGCUCACUGCCAUGGGCUAACUGUAAGAACGAGUGGAACACGUUGGACUGUAAGGACAAAGACAUGCUUCUCUUAGACACGUGUAUCCUCCAUGAUAAAAACAUCACCUCUGUAAAGAACAGCUCGUUCUGUCUGUCGGCUCAAGCCAUUGGAAACCUGACCAAACUGGUUAACAUGACCUUUCCGGAUAACAAAACUUACGUCAGCCCCAGCGAGGAGUACUUCAAGUACAAUGUCUUGCACAUCUCCAAAGGGAUAGAGUACCCUGGAGACAUCCGCUGGCCCCUCGCAGGCUGCCUGUUGCUGGCCUGGUUGAUAGUCUACCUCUCCCUGGCCAAAGGAAUCAAGUCAUCAGGGAAAGUGGUGUAUUUCACAGCUACGUUCCCCUAUGUGGUUCUGGUUAUUCUGUUGUUCAGAGGAGUGACCCUCCCAGGGGCUGGUGACGGCAUCCUCUACUUCAUCACACCCAAGUGGGAGAAACUCAAUGAUGCUAAGGUUUGGAAGGAUGCUGCCACCCAGAUUUUCUUCUCUCUGUCAGCAGCCUGGGGAGGCCUCAUCACACUGUCUUCUUACAACAAGUUCCACAACAACUGCUACAGGGACACCAUCAUAGUGUGCAUAGUUAACAGUGCCACCAGUAUAUUCGCUGGGUUCGUCAUCUUUUCCGUCAUUGGAUUCAUGGCCCACGAACUGAAGGUGCCCAUUGAGAAGGUGGCUGAUGAAGGUCCAGGCAUAGCGUUCGUGGUGUACCCAGAGGCUCUGACCAGACUCCCACUCUCUCCGUUCUGGGCCAUCAUCUUCUUCCUCAUGCUGCUGACCCUCGGCCUGGAUACCAUGUUUGCCACCAUUGAGACCAUAGUGACGUCGGUGUCAGAUGAGUUCCCCCAGUACCUGAGAAAGAACAAGCCUCUCUUCACACUCAUCUGUUGUGCCUGUUUCUUCUUCCUGGGAUUCCCUAUGGUCACAGAGAAUGGGAUGUACAUGCUCCAGUUGGUGGACACAUACGCUGCCUCUUACUCUCUGGUAAUCAUUGCCAUCUGUGAGCUGAUCGGAAUCUCCUACUUCUAUGGCCUGCAGAGGUUCUGCGAGGACAUUGAAAUGAUGAUUGGCUUCCAACCAAACCGCUUCUGGAGAAUCUGCUGGGCCUUUGUGACUCCUACCAUUCUGACUGGUAUCCUGGGGCUGAGUCUGUACCAGUGGAAGGUGAUGACCUAUGAGGACUACACCUACCCCACCUGGUCCAUGGUGAUGGGCUGGCUGAUGGUGUUGUGUUCUGUCAUCUGGAUCCCAAUCAUGUUUGUCAUCAAAAUGCACUUGGCCCCAGGCAGCUUUACAGAGCGUCUGAAGCUGGUGUGUUCCCCUCAGCCCGAUUGGGGUCCCUUCCUGGCCAAGCACAGAGGGGAGCGCUACAAGAACAUGAUGGACCCCCAUGGAUCCAACUCCCUGGGCCUCAAACUGCCCCCCAAAGAUUUCCAGCUGGGCUCCUACCAGUAGCAGCCUCCACUACAACCACCACCGCCACUUCAGCAGGGGCACCAGGGGAGAGAGAGAGCAGCAGCCUACCACUGCCCUCUCCCACACCUAUUCCUCUUUUUUCCUGUUCUCCACUCUACUUCAUCUCUCCUGUUUCCUUCCUCUUUCCCAUCAAUGUGGGUGAGAGAAAAGCAAGCCAACACAUUGCCCACUUUUUUUUCCUGGUUCUCCUGUUCACCUCCCCUGCUCCCUUCUACACUCUAUAGCAAUGUGGGGCUGCCCUCCUCUCCAACAUUGCUUUCUCUGGCAGGCACCCAUGCUAUACCCUGCCCUCUCUCUCCCUAACCCCUGACCUGAGAAUGGUCUGUCCUCUGCCUCCUGCCCAUGCACAGCCAUUACGCCAGAACCCUUUCUUACUGAGGGGAUCUCUAUUCCAAGAGAAAAAUGUACCGUGUCACAAUAUUGCAAUGGCAAUAUUCAACUGCUCAUUACAAAAAAAUCAAAUGAAAUUUUAUUUGUCACAUGCUUCGUUAACAACAGGUGUAGACUAACAGUGAAAUGCUUACUUACGGGUCCUUUUCCAACAAUGAAGAGUUAAAGAUACAUUUAAAAAAUAAAAUAGUGACAGAAGGAAUAGAUACACAGGGAUUAACGAAUAACAAUAAUGGAGUAAAAAUAACAUGGUACUGGUACUCACUGUAUAUAGCCGAGUCGAUGUGCAGGGGUACGAGGUAAUUGAGGUAGAUUUGUAUAUAGAGGUAAGGGUAUAAAGUGGCUGUGUGUGUGUGACUGUGUGUGUGGCGUCAGUAUGCAUUUGUGUGUGUGUGUGUGUGUUGGGGUGCCAGUGUAAGUAUGUGUGAGUGUGUGGGUAGAGUCCAGUGUGUGCUCAUAGAGUCAGUACAAGAGAGUUAGUGCAAAAAAGGGGCAAUGCAGGUAGUUCGGGUAGCCAUUUGAUUUAGGUAUUUAGUCUUGUUUAUCAGUCUUAUGGCUUGGGGGUAGAAGCUGUUCAGGGUCUUAUUGGUUCCAGACUUGGUGCACUGGUACCGCUUGCCGUAUGGAAGCAGAGAGAACAGUCUAUGGUUUGGAUGGAGUUUUUGACAAUUUUUUGAUCCUUCCACUGACAACGCCUGGUGUAGAGGUCCUGGAUGGCAGGGAGGGAGUUCGACCCCAGUGAUGUACUGGGCCAAACUGACCAUCCUCUGUAGCGCCUUGCGGUCAGACGCCUUGCAGUUGCCGUACCAAGCGGCGAUGCAGCUUGUCAAGAUGCAGCUGUUGAACUUUUAUGAGGAUCUGAGGGCCCAUGCCAAAUCUUUUCAGCCUCCUGAGGGGGAAGAGGCGCUGUCGUGCCCUCUUCACAACUGUGUGGGUUGUAUGUGGACCAUGUUAGUUCCUUAGUGAUGUGCACACAGAGGAACUUGAAGCUCUCGAACCACUCCACUACAUCUGGACUAGUCCCUAUGGAGGUGUGUGUGUGCAUGUGUGUGUGCAUGCGUGCGUGUGUGUGUGUGAUUGUUUUAUUCUUGUAUCUAUGUGUAUAGUGAUAUUGGAAAAUCCUCCACAAACAAAAAGGCACAAAAAAUCUAAUUGACAGACUGAGAAAUAUUGGUAUUCAUCAGACUCUGAUCUAUGGGACAUUAUGAUAUAUAUAUAUUCAUUCUUUUUUUAAUGAAAUAGGCAAUACAAGUAAAAUCAACUGCCUAGAAAGUAUGCAGUAUGGUUCAUAUUCAUAUUUGUUCCUGUCAAACUAUAUACACAUUAAAUAGGAGUGUGUAUUUAUAUAUAUAUAUGUAUAGGAGCAACUUAUAUAUAUAUACACACACUCCUAUUUAAUGUUCAGGCUCCUUUGCUUUAGCUGAAUUAAAUGAAGUUACCUGCAAUUUUUACCUUCUACUUCUCCAGGAGAUAAGGAAAUGCCUAUCGCUGAUUACUUUAACGAUAAACACUUUAGUCUCUACUAUCUCUAAAAAAAUGUAUCGGUAAUCAAUUUAGCACAUUAAUACAGUCGUGUAGUCGAUCCUUUCUUUAGUAGCUUAAGAUAUGCAAAACGGCCAUGUGAAAUUGUAGUGAUUCUUCUCAGUGUUUAGAAUAGUCCAAUGGCCUUUGUGUGCAUAAAAAUUAAACCAACUAUUUAUUGCUGUAGACAUGUGUUGUGGUCUAGUCAUGGCAACUAUGGAAUCUCCCUCUUUCCUCAUACGCAACUUCUGUAGGGUAACAUACACACAUAUAUAUAUACAUAUAUAUAUAUAUAUAUACAAGAGAGAAUGUGUAUUGCUCCAGAUGUUAUUUCCUGUAUUGCUCCAGAUGUUUUUUCCUUGCCGGCUGUGUAAGCUGUAUCUUGUACACCUUUUAAAAAGAGAUGUUUGUUGACUUAGUGCGUGCUAGUGUUGUCACAUCCCCACAAUGUUAGGAGUAACUUGUAGUUAUGUGUGUAGGUAGUGUAUAGAAUAUUGCCUUUUUUUCCCUGGAACUGUACUUAUCUUAUUAUAUGUGGUAGAGCUCUGGGGGGGGGACUUUGUAUUUGUCUCAAAUGGCACUCUAUUCCCUAUGAAGUGCAAAACUUUUGAAUAAGUGAGUGAGUCCUAUGACCGAUCAAAAGUACUGCACUAAAUGGGGUGUCAUUUGAGAUUUGUACUUUGCCAUUUUUAGAUUUGUACUUCGUCAUUCUCUUUGUCUUCAUGAAACAGGGUGUCAGGUAUACUUGAUUCCAGGUCUGCCUACUUUUGUAGAUGUAUAAUUAACAACAGCAUUCUACAUGGAAGAAAUAGACAGUAGAACUUCCACAAUUUCUACCUUAAUAGGGGAGACAUAGAAAGACAAAAAACAAAAUCCUUCAAAAUGUGCCUGUUCUCUCUUUUUUGCGCACUAUUAUAAAAUUAUGAGGAAUUCUAGCUCAGUAGGGCAUCAAGGAAUGUCUUGGUCAAAUCGCACUGCACUGACCAAAAUGUAUCUUUACCUAGGGCACUGGAGUUGAAUGAGAGAUGGUUGGCACAUAAUUUCCCUUAUAAAUCUUGUUAAAAACUCUUCUCUAUGGACAGAAUUGGCCCAUAACAGUUACAUGUCCUACCUAGAACCCUAAGAAAAUUGGAACAGUUUCUGCUUCCCUAAUGGAACCUUAUACAACUUUUGACCAGGGCCCAUACUGUAGGAGUCCAAGUAGUGCACUAUAUACGGAACAAGUUGCCAUUUGGGACACACCCUGAAAGUGUAGGGGUCAAGACUUCAAUCUGACAGUGACAACACACGACUACCUGCCAGCCUGCCGCAAGCUAUCCAGAGGGCCAGUAAGCAAAUUGACUGGCCACUAAGGUUGCUUUUCAUAUUACACGUCAGGCAACCAAUCUGCCUUGCUUUCUGUCCAAUUACCAACGUGACUGGGGAUGCAUUCUUUAAAAAGCAAUUAGACCUGAUUUCUUUUCCCGCGUUCACAGGAAGUUGGAUGUGUAAUUUCUGUUCAAUGUAAACGGGCCUUGAUUAAAACAGCUGUGUUGAGAUGGCAGGGUCUUUUAACGCUGCAGGCAUGUGUUCUUUGAGUGGGGCCGAAUGUAGUUAAUUGGAAGCUGUGGAUAUAUUGGAAGCAAUAAGACAAGCGUGCCAGUGAGAUUCGAGCCAGACGAGUGAGUCUAGGCAAGGCCCAUGCUGUUUAAUUACUGUGAAAUUAAAAGCAACAUGGGCUGCUAAUUGUCUAGAAAGGUACAGGUCUCUAAAAGGGAAAAAAAACAUUCAACAC